GUGAUGGAAAACAAAGCGCUCGCUGCGAUAUUUCUCUUAUUUGUUUUUCCACUCCCCGGCUUAAGUCAGUUUCUCGACCCCUCCUGUGGAAUUCGAACUGAACCAAAAACAUCAAAACGGGUCAUUAAUGGCAAGAUAGCGAAAUAUAACUCGAGUCCCUGGAUGGCUUUUCUUAAAUCAACGGACGAUAGAUUCGUGUGCGGUGGAACUUUGAUCACAAAUAAACUAGUAUUAACUGCAGCGCACUGUUUUAAGCCAAACAAGACAUUAUAUGCUAUCCUGGGGGAGUAUAAAAGAAGCCAGCAAGACGGAUGUAUCGGAAAUUACUGUCACUUUCGAGCGGAGCAUAAAGUGGAUGCGGGUUUCAAACAUCGCCUGUACGAUCCGAAAACGCAUCUAAACGAUAUAGCAGUUUUGCGCCUGGCUACUGCCGUUAAGUACAGAGACAACAUAAGGCCCAUAUGCAUAGUUUUGGAUACUAAAUGGAGGCAGUACAUAGACAACAUCCAGGUGCUAAUCGGAACGGGAUGGGGCAAAACCGAGUCGGAACCUGACAGCGAUGAGCUCAGGACACUGGACAUUCGGCGGCAGCCUCCACAAGUGUGCUACUUUUAUAUCGGGAGUAUCAUAAAGAGCAGCCAGUUCUGUGCGGGAAAUUGGAAUAGUAAUCUGUGCAAUGGGGAUUCCGGUGGACCUCUGGGAGCCUUUGUUCCCUAUGGGAACACUAAGCGAUUUGUACAGAUCGGCAUAGCCAGCUUUACGAAUCAAAGGUGCCAGAAAGCGAGUAUCUUUACGGAUGUUCUGAACCACGUCGACUUUAUACUCCGAGUAUGGCGACAGUUCGGCAAUGGUCAGAGUGUACCAGUCCCAACUAGACUACCUACAAGACCUACAAGACUACCAACUAGACCAACUACAUCCAGACCACCAACCACUCUUCCAACCAGACCACCUACUAGACCCCCUACUAUACCACCCACUACACCACCUACUUCCCCUCCGGUAGUACCCCUACCUCAACCUGAGCCGGAACCCAUUUUCGAGGAUUAUCGGGAUAACUGGGACAGGGACUCGCAUUGGAAUCCGGACUGGGAUGAGGACCAUGAGUACCCGGACUACGAUUCAAGGGAGUUUCCCCGAGAUCAUUAUAGACCAGGUCCAUAUCGAGUGCAAUUCCCUAUUCAAUAUCCAAUGCAAUAUCCAAUGUUCUUUUUUUAAUGUAUGGUACAAGAUUCAGCUAAAUCAAUUAAACAAAAAUAAUUUUUGCUUGCCUUAAAAACAAAUAUAUAAGCCUCUUGCCUCCAGGGCAGCCAACAUUUCUACAAAGAAGAAAAACAUUUUCGGAAAAAAUAUUGUGUCUUUGCCAUAAAAUAUUUAAAUCAAUAAUAAUAAAUACAGACAUA